AUGAGGAUAUGCAAGCAAAUUGACCCGGUGAUGGACAUUGUUAUAAUAGGAUUUGGCAUUAGGAGUAAAAGUUUCAUUGACAUAUUUUUGGAAAAAAAUGAGUUAAAAGGAGUUAACAUAAUUUUAAUAUGUAAAGAUGUUUUCGUCUUUUUAGAUAAGUAUGUACAGAACAUCGAAAAGUGUAGGGAUAGUUACAUUGAUAUAUAUAAAUAUUGUAAAGAAAGAAAUAUUCUUUACAUUAAUGAAAAGGUUGAAUAUAUAGACUCAAUUAACAAAUAUAUUUCCUUUAGUUCGGAUCGAAAUAAAUUAAGUUAUGAUUUUUUAUUAUGUGACUUUGAUUAUAAAAGUUCAUAUUUAUUUAGUAAGGAUUAUUCUCAUUUGAAUAUAUAUCCAUACAAAAAUAAAAAUUUAUUUUUUUAUUAUGUACAUGUCAUGUAUUUAUCUUUAAUUAGUGCAAAUGGUAUGAACAGGACAGAUAAAAAGUUAUAUUAUAAAUGGAAAAAAUAUUUUUUAGACAAUAUAGUUGUUGAAAGGUUUUAUAAUUUUUUUUCUUACAACGAUAAAUACGUGGAAGAAAUUUUUCAUAAGUAUCAUACCAUCGUACAUUUAAAUUUGAAUGGAUCUUAUAGGAGUACAAGCCACAGGAAUGAAAAUGUAUCUGUUGUAUUUGAAGAGGAAAAUAAAACUACGGUUAAAGAGAAUGAAACUUGUCAUGAAAAUGAUUUUUUAAAAAAACAAAAUGGGGAAGAAUGUUUCCUUACAAUAGUACUCAUAAGCGAUAACAUAGAUUUAGGGAAAAGCUUGUACUUUGAACUUUUUGAAAAUAUGAAAAAAUACUGUCUGUUCAUAAAAAUUAUGUAUAUACAUAUUUCUUCCAGUCCAAAUGUAGAAAAAAUAGACUUUUGCGAACAUUUUUUAGUAACUGAUUGUAUAAAAGAGGUGAAAGAGAUAAACAAAAAUAAAGUAAUACUAUGCACGGAUUGUAAGAGUGGAGAUAUAGUUACAGUUAAUUAUGACGAAUGUUUUAAUAUGACUGAAUUGCGCUACCCAUCUUACGUAUAUAAGUCAGGUUAUAAAACAUUAAAUUUAAGUAACGAAAAAGUUAUGAAUAAUUUCUGUGAGAUGAAUAAGUUCUAUCAGAUGAAUAAAUUCUGUCAGUAUGAAAAAGAUGAUAAGCUAUAUUUUUUCAAUCAAAUAAAAAAUUACGAUGAGUACACAGUAUGCCACACUAUUUAUUUAAAUAUAUAUAAUAGUAUUCAUAAAAAGAAGUAUAUCAGCAUAGAAGAUGUUAAAAAGAAUGUCCACAUGAGUAAAAAAAAUGGAGGAAAUGCUACCAUUUCUUUAUACUCUAGCAUUGAAUUUAACAACAUACUAAAUUACUUAUACGUCACGAUAGUUGAAAUUAUAAGAGCGUUUUUUCACCUUGUAUGCAAGAAUAAAUUUGUACAGAAAAAAGUCCAUUUAAUAAAGGAAAAAAAGAAAAGGAUAGAUAAAUAUUUUUAUAAAAGUAAAAUGAGUGCGCAUGAAGAGACAUCCAUACCUUUGCUCGUAACCCUUCUUUUGUAUAUUUACAGUAAAGUAGUCAUUUAUAUUCACAUCCUUAAGGGUAUAUUUCCCGUUGAAGGAGAGGAACAAGGAAUAAGCGGUAAAAAGAAUGAGGGGGACCACAGCAGUUCCAAUGAUGGUGGUAGCACAAGUUGUAGUAGAAGAAGCAGCCGAAGCGGUAUAGAAAGUGACAGUAAGAUCAUUUGCAGUAAGAGGGUUAAUCCUUUCGGUAGUAACAGUAGUAUAUGUAAUACUAGCAACAAUGCACACGCACUGCUACCAGCGUACAUGUACGAGUUUUAUCAAAAGGAGUAUGAAAAAAGACUAAGUGCUACUAAGAGGACCACAUAUAAAAUUGUCCGAAGGGAAGAAGAAAAAAAUUCAAGUGAUAAUUCUUCUUUGAGCGUUAUAAUUGUUGAGCAGAACAAUAUAAGGGGUGAGAAAAGCAAUAACCUGAACAGUAACAACAACUAUAACGUAAUGAGUUGUGUAAGUAAGAAAAAAGUAGAUUUAUAUAUAAAAGAAAGUAUUGACAAAAUAAUUAAUAGGAACACGUGUGGAGGGUGCGGUUCAAAGGUGCCUUCAAAUGUUUUAUCAAAUUCGUUAAAGUUGUUAGAUAUAUAUAAUUCAUCAAAUGUAUAUCUGGGAGUUGAAGGUUGUGAUGACUGUUGCAUAUUUGUCCACAGUAAAUCGAAAAGAGGUGAAAACAGUCCAGCAAUUGUUCAGACCAUUGAUUUUUUUAAAUCUUUUAUUGAUGAUGAAUAUAUUUUAGGGGAAAUAAUAGCGAUUCAUUGUUUAUCAGAUAUAUAUAGCAUGGGUGGUAUUGGUAUUUGUGCAUUAUGUGUCUUAAUUGUAAAGGACAAUAUAGAAAUAAAAUUACAGCAAAGAUUAGAAAAUAUAUUAACAGGGUGUUGUCAGAAAUUAAAAGAAGAGAAAUGUGUGUUGAGUGGUGGCCAUACAUGUGCGGGUAAUGAAAAUUAUGUAGGUUUAGCAGUCACAGGAAAAAUAAAAAAGAAGAUAAUGCAAAGAGGCGAUAACAUAAUGGAAUAUAUAGGAGCAAAAAAGGAACAAAUGCAAAAAGUUAGUGAAAGUCAUAAAAUUGUGAAAGAUAAGGAGGACGCAAAGUAUCAGCAUGCCAUGAUAAACGACACAGAUGAUAACAAAGUAAGUGGACAAGAAAAUAAUUAUGAAAAUGCAGAUGAAGUAGCGUUAAACAUGUUUAAAAAACAGGAAAUGCUAAAGGAAAAUUACUUGUUUUUACCUAAAGGAAGUAGAAAUAUAAAUGCAGGGGAUGUAAUAAUUACAACAAAGAUGUUUGGAUUUGGAUUUAUUAUGGCUGCACAUUUAUGUAAAAAAGCAAAAGCUAGAUGGGUCUAUAAUUGUCUUGAUGAAAUGUUAAUAUCAAAUAAGAAGGGCGGUUUGUAUUUUUUAAAGAAUAAUGUUAAAGCUUGUACAGAUGUAACAGGCUUUGGUAUUUUAGGACAUCUAAACGAAAUGAUUAAGUGCUCAAGAAGGGAUUUUUAUUUAAGUAAUAGAGUGCCUGAUGUGUUAAAUAAUGGGUUGUUUAAGAAUCAUGAGGAGAGAAGGAAUGAUGUGGACAUGGGUGAAACUAGGGUAGGAGCAGUGGCAGUAGAAGACAGCAACACAGGGAUAAACACAUUGACAAAUGGAAAGGAAAAUGGCGAGGCCAAAAUAAGGGGAAAAUACAAAGAAAAUGACAAAAACUGCAGAAAUGACCAGAACGGCAAAAACGGCAAAAACAGCAAAAAUAGUAAGCCCAUCAAUUUCAUUGGCGCAAAAAUAAAACUAAGCAAUAUCAUAAUUGCUGAAGGUGUCCAGGAUUGCAUCGAAAAUAACAUAUACUCAUCCAUGUAUAAGAAGAAUCAUUACUUAUGUAAUAAUAUUAUAAAUUUAGAAGAAGCUUUACUAAAUGAUAAGUAUGGUGUUCUCUUUGAUCCUCAAACAAGUGGGGGCCUAAUGGCUAUUGUAGAAAGAGAAGAAGCAAAUAAAAUUUUACAAGAUUUAAAAAAUAUAGGAUAUAAAAAUUCAUCGAUUAUAGGAGAAAUAAUAAAUGUGCAAUAUGAUAAGUUCAAAUAUAUGUCUAUAAAUGAGGUUUCGUUAGAUGACUAUUUGGACACUUCAGACUCUAUAUAUAUUGAAUGUUAA